AUGGAGCCAAUAGUGGUCCAGGGAGAUAAGUUGGACCAAGCGAUUAAGCUGGAAGUUCAGUUUCUGGGCCACGUAGUUAACAAGAGAGGAAUUCAGGUGGAUCCUGCCAAAAUUGAGGCUAUUAGGAAUUGGGAAGCCCCGAGAACCACUACAGAGAUCCGCCAGUUUCUUGGGUUAGAAGGCUACUACAGGCGUUUCAUUGCAAAUUUUUCGAAAAUUGCACAGCUGCUUACGGCCUUAACCCAAAAAGAUAAGAAAUUCAUUUGGAGCGAGAAGCAAGAAGAGGCCUUCGAGACCCUCAAGCAGAAGCUAUGUAAUGCACCCAUCUUAUCCCUACAAGAGGGUUCGGAUAACUUCGUG